ACUUUUGCAUGUGAUAUACAUGCUGUAGUUGACUUGCCUUCAGUUCUGUAAGCUGCUUGAGUGAAAAAUCAGCGUUUUGUUCUGACAGAUUACAAAUUGAAGAAGAAUUGUGUCUGAUUUGAAGGACUGGUUUUCAGUGAAAAUUUGUGGCCUGUUAUGCUGUCUGCUGAUGGGGGCUCAAGUUUUUGUCCUUUUUCUGUCUGUUAUGUGGGAAACUUUAAAAAGUUUGAUGUGAAUCUUUUUUCUUCUGGAUGAGUUCUUGCUGACAUGGUUAGAACUAAUGUACUGUUAAAAUAACUGCAGAAAGCUUCUCAGAAAUUGUCAGUAUAAAUACUUGUGUUUAAAAAUUACUGUCAACCUAGAAAAUCCAUAUGGAAAUUGAAUAAGAAUUGCUGGGUGGUGAAUAACAAGACGAGGUAUUAGUAGUCUAGGAUCAGGUUCAUUUUAUUGCUAAAAGAUAAAUAAUCUGUUUUAAGAUUUUUGUGAGUAGUUUUCUCUUGUUAAUGAAUGCUUAAAAAGUUUGUAAUAUUUUUAUGUGACUUUACUGAUUUUUCAGGUACAUGAGAUUUGAUGAAUUGAUAAAUACAUGUCUGAACUGCUUGUAAGGUACAUAGAGGCCUGACUUAUUCUUUGCUGGAAUGGAAAAAAAAGCAGUACUAGUUCAAGAACCAUUUCCUUUGAAAGGAGAAAAUACAGGAAUUAAUAUGCUUGAAAAUUUCAGAAACAGAGUCAAGUUACAUUUAAUUUUGGAAACAGUUCCAUUUAAAUUGUCUGUCUCCUUGAAGAGAACCCAUUUCAACCCCCUCCUCUCCAACUCCUCCUCAACACACAUUGCCCCAGUGGUAAGGUGAAUUUAUACACAGGCUAAGAUGCAGUUAUAGUUUUUUUUUUUUUUUUUCUUAAUUGCCAUAGGAAGCAUAAAAAAUGUAUUUUUUUUAAUACUUUUAGAGCACAGUUUUAAAAAUCAGUCACAUUUGAAAGAGGCCAAGGCAAAACUGUAAACUCACAGUUUCAAAUUGUUUUUACAAUUUUAAAGAUAUUGAUCUGCCAGUCUGCUUAAUGAAUUGCAGUGUGUUUAAGAUGGAUUCGAGAUGUUUAUUUUUUCUAUUAGCAAUUUUUUUUUUUAAUUAAGAAGAAUAUUGCAAAAAUAUAAUGUGCUUUUAUUUUGGAGACUCUUCAGCAGGUAGCAGCUAUGUUUAAAUUAUUCAGAUAUAUUACCUUUCUUUUAAUGUAAAAUACACUGUGAUCUGAUUACAGUUUCCAGGUUAGCAGACUAGAUGAUAAAUGACAAUUUACAUUAAAAAAUGAAGGUAUGUUUAAUUAUGUCAAUUUCUAAGGAGAGAAAGGAAAUAGCUCUGAUUUUUAUGCUUUUUUCUGAGAAAUAUCAUGUUCUCAAAUGUGAAUUUGUUUAUUUACAAUAAUGCUUUUGCUAAAAUCUGCAAAAAAACACCCACAGAAACAGUCUGAAGUUUCAAGCUGUGAAAUACCUUUGUUUUUGAUAUUAUAGAGUGUAAGUGUAGAGUAUGAAUUGCAGUUCUUCAAGUAGUCGGAAUUUUUCCUGCUGACUUCAGUGAAACAAAAGUGGGCUUCGUUGGUGAGUUGGUAGACUAAACCAGUGUAAUUGCCCAGUAAAUAAUGAAGUUAAAAGAUACGAGACUGCAUAUAGUUCACUCUUUGAAACCUGAAUUUCUGUCAUCUCAGUCUUCAUAGAAUCAGGUUUGGGCUAGAUGGGACUUUUAAGAUCAUCUAGUCCCAACUCCACCUGCUAUAGGUAGGGACACCUCCUUCUAGACCGAAUUACUCAAAGCCCCAUACAGCCUGGCUUUGAAUGUUUCUAAGAAGGGGCCAUACGCAGCCUCUCUGGAUAACCAGUUCAAGUGUCUCACCGCCUUCACUGUAAAGAAUUUUUUCCUAAUAUCUAGUCUAAACCUACCUUCUUUUGGUUUAAAACCCUUUCCCCCUUUCCUUUCACUGUAUGCCCUUCUAAAAAAUCCCAACCCAGCUUUCCUGUAGGCUCUCUUCAGUUAUUGGAAGUAAUUGAAGUACCCCCAGAGCCUUCUCUUCUGAAACAUAGGAAAAAUAAGGAAAAACACUAUUUCUUUCGUAAUGUUUAACUAUUAUAUUUAAAAGUGUUCUUUAUUUUGAUCUUUACUGUUCCAUGUUUUGAUGAAAAGCUUCAUUUUUAAAUACAAAUCAAGGGGAUCUAUUUAAUUUUGAAGCUCACAUUUUUAGAUGAUUUUUUUUUCCCAUAGCACUAGUUUAAAAAUAAAAAGUAAGAAAAAGCAAAAAAAAUAUCUCAAAUUCUCCUAUCUUAUUAUUUAAUUUGAAGAGAAUUAAUAUUAUUAGUUUGUUCAAGCUACCCCAUGUUCUUUUGAGUAUGUAUGUAUAUUCAUAGCCUAUGUUUUAGUUUGGGAUGUUGGCAUAGUAAAUUUUUUCUGUGAUGCUCUGUUACUGAGACUGUGUGAAAAACUAUAUUUUUAGAUAUUUAAAUCAGUGUCAAAGUUCUCUUGUGUUGAUAUUUUAGAGUUUUUAUGCUUGGAAAGCUUCUCACUUCAUCAUAAGACUCUUCUUUUUAAGUUCUUGUAAAAAUACAUUUUCUGAUAGUAAAAAUAUUUGAUGGCAUUCAGGUAGGCUGGUUGUUAAGCUCCUCUAUUGUUUUAACUAUUUCAAUGAAGUUGUUGAAACUUAAUAACUUAAGUAGAAAUGCCUUUGAAAUAUGACCAUUCUAUUGUACUUUCAAAGCCUCAAUUUCUUAGGUUUGUCUUAUGUUAUGGAAGAACCUGUGUGUCCUUGUAUUCCAAAAUCUUUAACUGUAGAUGCUUUAGUACCAGUUAUUUAUUUCCUUCCAAGUAAAAAGGUUGUGUCACCUGAGUAAGCAAUUUACAAAAAGUAAACGUACAGUCGAAGUGUCCAAUUGCAUGAACUCUUUACUGUCUGGUUUUGAAAUACAGCUCUUCUUUUAGGAGAAACAUGAAAUAACAAAGCACUGUGUCUGUGAAGACCAAGAGUAAAACAUAGAUAGAGAUUGCUGAAUCUUAAAAUUAGUUUUUUUUUCGAGCCAAAUUGUUAUGAAAUGUGAACUUUAAAAAAAUAAUAAUUAAAAAAAAAAGAAUUGCUAUUUGUAGAUGUGCUUCCUUGUUCACAGUUGAAUUGUGCAACUUAAUGAACUUUUUUGAGAGUUUUGAACUAAUCACAGUUCAAAUUGAAAGAUUUUGAGCAAAUUAAUCAAUAAACCAAGUUUUCUAUUACCUCCAGAUAAUAAAUAUUCGCUAUGCACUUUUACUUGUAAAACAUUUUUUCGUGCUAGCAUCACCUCAUCCUUCCUCAGGAAAUAUCUUUGUUUUAAGAGAUUUACUCAAGAUUGUUUUAUGAAGUCACGAUAAAAAUAUUUCACUCGGAUUUUGCUGUUUGUGGCCCCGUCUGUGUCUGUGGAGACUUGUAGAUAUACUUUCCCUUCCAUUCUUCUCUGGAUGUUUGUUCACUUGUCAUUAACAAACCCAAUUCUAAAAUGCUCUUGAACAGAUAUUGGUUGUUAAUAGUAUAAUUUAACUGGAGAAUGAUCUCUUUUAAUUUUAAUUUUUAUUUUUUACAGCCUUUGCUUCUGUGAUUCAAUACAAAAUUUCCUAGCUGUACUGUUCUUAAUAAAACUGAAAGUAUUGAUUCUUAGAUCAUACAUGGAAGUAGAGGUUUCCUAGUCCAAAACUUUGCUUAAAGGAGGACAAAGCGUAGGUUGUUCAGAGACUUGUUCAAUUCUGAGUAUGUCAAGGAAUGAAGAGCCAACACUGUUUAUGGGCUACCCAGUCCAAUAGUAGGUCAGAAUUUUCACUAUUUAUCCUGUGCAUCUUGUCCUGUUCCUGUGUAAGUCUGAUACCAGUCCAUCUCUAAGAGAACUCUGUAAAAUUUUAUGGUCCCUAGUAUGGUUUGAGUGUGAGUCAUUAGAACCUAGUGUGGUCACUUUUGCUCAAGUGUUUACAGGGCAAUUACUGACUGAUUUGUGCUACCUAGUUAAUAGUAGACAAGUCAAGCUUUUCUUAGCUAUUUAUAGAAUACAGACAUAUUUCCAGGAUUCAAAUUGUCAGUCAUCUGAAGCAAGGUUACAGAUUGUUGGUCUGGACUUGAUUAAUUAUAGGUAUAUGCCUGGCUGUGAAAAACAGAAAUGCUCUUUAAUUCUAACAAUGUCUCGUGCUGGUGUUAGCGUUCCUUUCCUUCAGAAAACACAACAUAUUUUCAUUAUAUCAGCUUUACUGAACUUAACACAGAAGUUUGUGUAUAUUUUAUAAAUUCUGUGUCUUUUGAAGAUGAAAGAUGUUUGUGGUGCAGAAGGCUUAUAGGGGACAUUAAAUAGUUUUAAAAAUUAUUCAAGUGGUUGAUUAUUUUAUGAUAAAACCAAAGUUUGUGGUCUGGUCACAGAAACUGAUCAUGGUGAAGACUGGAAACCUUUGAAGGCCUUUCUAUAACGUCUUGAAUGGUUAGAAUUCAGUAUUCUGAGAAAGUUACCAUUAUUUGUUGAGAUGAAUGGCAGUACUAUACAGAUCCUUUCUCUGGAGUUAAAAUGGUUUUCAUUUGUAUCCAGAUACUGCAAUGAAAUGGGUUUUUUUGCUUGUUUGUUUUUAAAGCACUAAGUUCUUAAAGUUGGGAAUAGCUGACCAAGACUCACGGCAGGUAAAAUCCUCAGUGAUUAAGUAAAUAUGGUCACUAAAAUUGCUUUUGUCAGGAGGUAACCCUCUGGAGUUAAGCCUGUCCUUGUCUUGUUAGUUAGUUAUGUUUUUUUGUUUUGUUUUGUUUUCUGUUUUUUUCCUGACGUAGAUCUCGGUGACAAAGGCAUUUAGAAGCCAAACUAUACAGACCUUCUCUUCAUUCAACCUCUUAAUUUGAAGUAUCACUGUGGUAUGAUAUAAUCCUGAGUACUUAAGAUUGGGCAAGGAGUUCCCAUGUGGUCCAUGGAUUGUGGUCUAAUACAGAGUCAAAAAUGGCUCUGCACCUUUUGUUCAGGGAUUGACUCCCGACUAAAAGACCUAGGAGGAUUUCUACCAUACUGUAGUACUUGUUGAAAAAUGGAUGAUGAUGAUUUUGGGGGAUUUGAGGCAGCAGAGAGCUAUGAGUGUGGAAAUGGUGACAAGCAGACUACAUCUCCUGCUAUUCCAUGGGCAGCAUUUCCUACAGAGUUUGAAGUCCAUAUAGCUCAGAAUGUUUCUCCUGAUGUUCUUCUGGAGCACUGUGUGCCUUCAUCCUUCCUGGAUCCUUCUGACUCAUUCACUUCAUCAAGUGAUAAUGUGGCAACAUCUAUUCAAACAGCCAACAAUGUGAUAAACUCAGCUGUUCUUGAAGAACAGAUUCAAGUAGAUAUUCCAGUUGCCUCUUUGAAUUUAACAGAAGAUAAGUCUUUAGUCACAUCAUCCAUUGCUACGGAUGAUGCUCAGACACAGAGAACAAACGAAUCAAAGAGCUGCCUUCAACAAACUCUAGCAAAUCUAGAAAUCAAUCUUUGUGCUGCUGAAGAAGAAAAAUUAAAAAUUAAAAAGGAAUUAGAAUAUUUACUGGAAAAACAUAGUGUUCAAGAAAUGAAUUUCUUGAAGGAGAAAAAAGAAAAAGCUAUUUCACAUCAAGAUCAUUACAAGAUACUUCAGGAAAAGCAUAAGCAGGAGUUAGAAGAUAUGAGAAAAGCUGGACAUGAAGCCUUGAGUAUUAUUGUUGAAGAGUUCAAGUCAUUGCUACAGUGUACUGUUCAACAGCAAGAAGCAGCUACUGAAAAACAGUAUAUACUAGCAAUUGAAAAACAUUCUUACAAAUGUCAAGAGCUUCUUGAUGCUCAGCAUCAGAGGCUUCUUGACAUUUUAGAAGCAGAGAAGGCAGUCUUGUCAGAAAAGAUAGAAGAAGCUCUGAUGCAACAGUCACAGAAACAUAAGGAAGUGCUGGACAAAUGUUUGGAUGAAGAAAGGAAAAGAAGUAAGGAGGCUAUUGCAGCUGCUGCAAAGGCUGAAAAAGAAAUAGUACAGGAGGUUGUUCUGAAAGCUGUAGAGGAGGAAAGGAGAAAUAUGGAAAAGAUUCAUGAAGAAGAAAGAAAUAUGUGGAAAGCAGAACAUGAGAGACAUAACAAGAAGAUUGCCCAAGCUGUUUGGGAAGCAACGCAAGAGCAAAGAAAACAUAAUGAAGAAAUUAUCAAGAAAGCGUUAAUGGAGGAGCAAAAACGAAGUGAAAAGGCAAUCGAAGAAGCUGUUAAAAGGACAAGAGAGGAACUAAUGGAAUAUAUUAAGGAGCAGAAAAGGCUUGAUCAAGUUAUUCGUCAGAGAAAUCUGUCUAGUUUGGAACUUUUCCUCUCAUGUGCACAGAAACAAUUAAGCAGUUUAUUAAAUGAAGACCCAACCGCAUCACAGGAAAAGAGAGACUGACAUUCUCUAUACCACUGCUACAGUAUGAUUUGUGAACUUGCAAAUAAGUUUAAAAAAUGGCAAAUGUCUUCAUUUGGGAGUGUAUCCUUGGUUCAAGAUUUCUCUGAAACUAUACUUGAGAGAAGUAUCUGUGUAUUCAGUUUGUUCUUUUAACAGGAAAAAUAGUUUUUAUUUAAGAUUUAAUUUUAUUGUCUUUUCUAGUAGCCUGUGAUUGAAGCUCUAGGCAACUACAGCAAUGAUGAAAAAAUUCCCUUUCAUUUCUGGUUUAAAGGUGUUAUCAUAUCUUGAUGUAAUUUUUUAGUAUUUCUAAUUUUAAAAGAAACUGAAAAAAAAUUAAAUAUACACACAAGUCUAUCUUUAUUUCUCAAGUAUAUGCCCAAAUGCAUUGACUGAAAGGAGUGUGAGAAGCUUAUUAGCUCUUAUCAUUUUGGAUGCAUAAGGGAAGAAUCCGUGCUGAAAGAUAAGAGCUUUGACAGUCAUUUCUUCAGACAUUUGUAAACAACUCCAGCUCUACUGACAGAAAAAAAUUAAAAACCAUGCAGUGCAUCAUGUUAGAAUAGUUCCAAACAUUACUGUAACCAAUGUCUGGUAUGUAUAAAUAGAAUACAUUCUGUUUUACAAAGCUCAGAGACCUCAGUUUCAGGAAUAAGAUAUACGUAAUUAUGUGAAUAUGCAUACUGCACUGCUGCAGUGGAAUUUCUGACAGAAUAAGGAGAGCGUCAUGCUGACCUCAGAUGUCAUUUUUAAGCCCAUUGAAGGAAGUAGCAAUAAUGCCAGCUGACAAUGGGCUUUGGAUCAAGUCUGUGAAUGGGAAACUCCGUGCCUAUACUCUAUUGAUUGUAGACCUGGAACCUUAGUUUUAAAGUUCUGAAUGAAAUGAUGCCUAGAAAUAUAAAUAAACUGAGAAUUAUACCUCUGAUGAUGAGCUUGUCAUCCAGUGGGGACCCAUGGGCAAUUCUUGUUAUUUUUUGGUGGUUGUGAUGUUUUAUUCCACUUUUUUUUUUGUUUUUCCACUGGCAGUCACUUUUCAUAAAUUGCUUCUUUAUAGCUGUAAAUUCCAAAUAGUUUCCUAUGUGUUUGUUAAUAUGAAAUGUGUAUUGCAGACAGUUUGUUUUUAUUUAAAUCUUUUUCCGUGCUUACUUUUUGUAAUCAAACAAAAGUUUUUGCCUUCUGUAUGGCCGUGGGGUUUCACUGAAUAAGUAAAUGAUGCAGAUUUUAUUAGCUAAUGAUCUCUCCCUCCAAAUGUAUGAAAAUCCAGAUCUUUUUGAUUGACUGACCAGUUUCCUUUUCAUCUGGUAAGCCAAAAGAUAUUUGAGUGUUGAUGAGUCCAAACUAUCUUGUUUACCUAGGUGGAAUAAAGUAUGGUAGAAUUU